GACAUUAUUUUCAGUAGGAAUAACGAUUGUAUGGCGCCCAUUAAUAAAUGCGCGCACUAUCCUGCAGAGUAUGGAAUAUAAAGACGACGAGAUAAUAUUAAGAAAAUGCUGUGCUCGCGCUCAAAUCUUGGAGUUAUCAGAUAUUAACUUGUCAUGGCUUAGCAACGGUGAAAGGGAGCGAAUAAACUGUGCCAAUGCAUGCUAUGUGAGUGUAGAGCGUGCCAUUGGAAUAAAACGAGGGGAUCCUGGGUUUGUAAUAAGCGAGUGUGUGUGAUAAGAAGGUGGGGGUUAGAGACCCCGUCGUGUUUUGACCCCCCAAACAACUCCCAACCACCAUCUCUACCCUCACCGUCUCUGCCUCUCUCAAUGUUUAAAGCAACAUCGCCCAUGUCGCUGUGAAAAUUUCCAGCCUGUCGCGACAGCCCAUGGACAGCGAGAACGGCCAAAAAGGACGCAAUUUCUCCUCACCAAGCAUCUCGCCUGCGAGCCGGACCCAAAGACAUAACGUGCGGACCCACCAGCGCGCUCUCGAAACCGAAGCCAAUGCAGGAUACCACGAGCACCGCCUGAGAGUGACUAUAACCUACACGUCAAAUCUAGGUUUCGGAGGCAGAACGCCUGCGCUGGACAGCCGGUCUGGUCUCAUCCUUCCCAGAGUAGGAUUGGCUUCCGUGUCGCAUGGAUAAGAGGUAUGAAGACCUGGUGCACUACUCAGGGUCAGAGGGCAUGCCCGUGGGGGGGUAUGGAGAGGUCAUGAGGUCACUGCCCCCCCCUCACUAUGGCCACACUGUCCCAGAUUCCCUCAAACACCACAGGGACCAGAUCUAUGGACAUCCCCUGUUUCCACUUCUGGCCCUGGUGUUUGAGAAGUGCGAGCUGGCCACCUGCUCCCCGCGGGAUGUUACAGCCCUCUCAGUGCCACCCCACCUCCAAGGCCUGACCAAUCACAGUGAUGUAUGCUCCUCAGACUCCUUCAACGAUGACAUCGCAGCCUUCGCCAAACAGAUUCGCUCAGAGAAGCCCAUUUUUUCAACAAAUCCUGAACUGGACAACCUGAUGAUCCAGGCCAUUCAGGUACUACGUUUCCACCUGUUGGAGCUGGAAAAGGUUCAUGACCUGUGUGAUAACUUCUGCAAUCGCUACAUUACCUGCCUGAAGGGCAAGAUGCCCACAGACCUGAUUUUGGAUGACAGGGAGGGCGGGUCCAAGUCUGACGUGGAGGAUUUCACUGGCUCCUGCACCAGUCUGUCAGAGCAGAAUCAGUCGUGGUUGCGGGACCCAGAUGACUGUGCGUCCACUCCACUAGGGACCCCUGGCAUGUCAUGUGGCCUGCCUUCACACAGCACAGACAACUGCAGCGAUACGGGGGAUGGUUUGGAUGGGGGCGUGGCCUCCCCCAGUACGGGAGAGGAGGACGAGACGGACCGAGACAGAAGGAACAACAAGAAGAGGGGAAUUUUCCCCAAACUGGCAACCAACAUCAUGAGGGCAUGGCUCUUCCAGCAUUUAUCGCACCCAUACCCCUCGGAGGAGCAGAAGAAGCAGCUGGCACAGGACACAGGACUGACCAUCCUGCAGGUCAACAACUGGUUUAUCAAUGCAAGACGGAGAAUAGUACAGCCCAUGAUUGACCAGUCAAAUCGCUCAGGUCAAAGCGGUCCUUACAGCCCAGAGGGAGCAGCACUGGGGGGCUAUGGACUGGACGGCCAAGCCCACCUGGCUCUCAGGGCAGCAGGUCUUCAGGGGAUGCCGUCUCUUCCAGCAGAGUACCCCGGGGCCCUGCUGUCCCAGUCUGGCUACCCCCACGCCGGCCCAACCCUGCACCCCUACCCCGGCCCCCACCCCGCCAUGCUGCUGCACCCGCCGCCCCACCCCCACCCCGCCGAUCCCCUUAUAGGCCAGGGCCUGGACAUACACGCCCACUAACUGAGAAGGAAGGGUGUGAAGGAGAGGGGAGAGAGGAGAGGGGAGAGAGGGGCCAUCCUGGGGGAGAUGGGGGCUCACACACCCGCCACACGCUAACUACGACAGCAUGGCGCAGUCCAAAUGUUUACAUUCCCUGACCUCCACAUAGUCACUCAACCCACUCAACCCACUGUCUGCAACAUUCAUACACUGCCCUUAACAUACCACUGCUGGCCCCUCUUAUACCAUCAAUAUACUUACAUUCCAUCUCACAGACGUAGACAGACACACACCAUACUGAGCCCUUGAGUGUGAGCCAAACCCUCUUCAGGGUGGAAGAGGCGAGCGUCCUCAGCCCCUUCCCUCUCUACAUACUCUAUGCUGACAGUGAGCUGUCUGACUCCCAGGAUAGCGCCUCCUCUAGGAGCAUAGAGGAACACCCCACACGGACCACUGAUCAGCCAACUUGCCUCUCUCUCCCACCUGGCCUACUGGCCAACCAAGCGGAAAGACAGAAGGACACAUGUCGGACACACAGCUUCCGGUCUGCCUGUGUCACCUUAACCUCUAUAACCGUCAACGCCCCUCCUCCCAGCCUUAUGACCUCACACAGCCCAGGCUUGAAGUGUUGUGAUUGGACAGGACGCCAGUGAUGCACUCUGACCCCUCUCCACCUUAUUUAAUUUAAUUUGAGUUUUUUUAGAUCUAUUUUUGUAUUUAUGUGUGUGUCAGACAGACGCGACCUCACAAAAGUCCUGUGAACAGCGAUCUUCCAGGGCGUCACUCUGCAUGACUCGAAUACAAUAUGAAUGAGCUCAAUUUGUCUCUCUCAGUACCUUGGUUUGUUUAAAUACGUUUGGAAUGAGUUGAUCACUUACCUCCUUAAGAUCCUGUCAGACAUGAAUAGUGGGGUUUACUGUGGGAUCCACAUCAUAGGUCAAACAGUGAACGUACGCACGCACGCACACCCACCCACCCACCCACACACAUACACACACGCACACCCACCCACACACACACACACACACACACACACACACACACACAUACACACACACAUACACACACACACACACACACACACACACGAUCCUGUCGAACCAUUUCAUGGUCCAUGUUGUCUGCCAUUGGGUUUAAGGAGGACAGCCAAAGGACUUUACACAUGCUGCAUCUUCUUCAGUCCUGUAUGGGUCUGAUCAAAUAAUUUAUUUCCAAAUGUUAAUGAUGAUAAUUGAUGAUAAUGAUGUUACAGUUAUGAUUAUACUUCUAGUAUUAAAAGCUUUCUUUUGUAAAAAUGUGUGAAUUACUUAUU